AUGUCGUCGAUGCGACCGCAGCUCUUCACGCGCGGCCUCUCGGGCCUGUCGCAGUCCGUCGACGCCACGUCGCCCGCCGAGCAGCGCGAUGACGCCAAGCGCAACUUUCUCAAGACGAUGCGCCCAUUGCCCACGCAGCACUACUGGAACGUCUACUUUGACAGGCAAUCCAAGGAUCACAAGCCCGACGACGGCGAGUACAAUGCCGAGCUCGAGCAGCUCGGCAGCCAGAUCGAGUCGGUCCAGGACUUUUGGCGCUACAACAACAACACCCCCGUCGACCAGAUCAAGAUGCGCGAGUCCAUCUACCUCUUCAAGUCGGGCUUCCGCCCCGUCUGGGAGGACCGCCGCAACCUCAACGGCGGCAGCUGGACCUUGCGCGUCCCUAAGACGGCCGGCCCGGACGUCUGGACCCGCGUCCAGCUCCUGGCCAUUGGCGAGAAGCUGCAGAGUGCCUUGGAUGAGGGCGACCAGCUGUGCGGCGUCGGCCUCUCGGUCCGCUUCAGCUCCCACCUCAUCACCAUCUGGCACCGCGACUCGUCCAAGAAGGGUUCCAUAGACGGCAUGCUCGCCUGCGUCAUGGAAGAGCUGCCGCUCGAGCUGCAGCCCAAGCCCGACAACUACUUUUAUAAGCGCCAUUGCGACCACGUCGGCUUCAAGGCCCCGCCCGGGCUCAAGGCCGGCAGCGCCGCCACGGCAAGCGCCCUGCCGCAGCCCGAGCUGAGAGUCGAUCCGCCUUCUGCGGGCUGA